AUGGAGUCCAAAUCUACAAAAAUCUCGGGUCUGUCCCAUCAUCUGCAUGGCGUAUUAACCGAACUACAUCGUCAACCUUAUCCUCAUGUCCCAAACCCUCUAACUUGCAAGAAACGCGCCUCAGUUGCCUUGAUUAUUCGGGUCAGACCAACCUACGACCAUUGGCCCAACUCAACCCCCGCAGAAAAUAUUUCUCAGCCAGCCCAACCAACCCAACAACGUUUAGAUGAAUUCUUUUCAUACUCAUGGGUCCAGCAUGGCGAACCGGAGGUUUUGUUUAUCAAGCGUGCUUCACGCGUGGGGGACCGGUGGACUGGCCAUGUUGCCCUACCGGGUGGGAAGCGAGACCCGGAAGAUGCAGAUGAUAAAGCGGCAGCUAUCAGGGAAGCUUCAGAGGAAAUCGGAUUGGAUUUGACAACGGACGAUACCAUUAGUGUGGGCAAUCUCCCUGAGCGGGUGGUUACUACCAGCUGGGGGUCCGAACCGUUGAUGGUUCUUUGUCCCUUCGUCUUCCUUACGACUCGCAGCGACCCUUUGACCCUUAAAUUACAGCCCACGGAAGUAGCAUCAACACAUUGGAUUCCCCUGCGCGCUCUUCUAUCACCAUCGCUGCGGACUGUGGAAUAUGUGGAUAUGUCGCAGCGCUUCGGUCGACAAGGCGGGUUUCUGACCCGUCUUGCAAUUCGGUCUCUGAUGGGCUGGAUGCAGUUUUCGGCUGUGAGGUUGGUCCCGUCGGAAACCCAUCAAUGCACUACAACUCCAGGAUUUGUUCCGGAAGAGAAUACACCCAAAUCUUCUCUGAUCCAGCGAUUCAAGGGGUGGUGUCUGAGUGGACAAGCAGAUUCGAAUGACACUACCCGUCCACUGCUCCUCUGGGGUCUUACCCUCGGCAUCCUGGCUGACUUCUUGGAUAUGCUUCCUCCCCACCAGACUGUACAGUUGUGGAAAUACCCAACAUUUACCGUGCCUGACCUUCGCUUGAUUGUAAGCAUGGUGACUUAUAAUCUGCGGAAGCAUAAUGCACUCAAUGUGAGAUCGGGUGCUCGUCCUAGUAACAUGGCCUCUGAUGGGGAAACGACCGCACUCCCAGUCACACAGGAGACGAAUUUCGAACAUGAUCGCAAUGAAGUGGGCAUCGGUGGUCUCGGAGUGGGAAGAUAUUAUGGCCUGACAGACCGAGCAACAGAUGGGACUUCCUAUGCUGUGGGGAUCAUGCUUCGUGGGUAUUAUGACCGUUUGCGCAUAGCAAUCUGGGUUUUCCUGGCCUGGCGUGUAGCCAUUGGUUCAAUUGCUAGUGUUUCAGCCUGGCAAAUUCUUCGACGGCUGCGUUGA